AUGCCUCCCGACUGGGAUCCGCUGCACAACAACAGCGGCGGAGACCGCAGCGGAGACAGCAGCUCCCCGGUGUCCGGUGUUGCCUCUCAGCCGUCUGGUCACGUUGCAGCGGCCAAUGGGAUAAACAGUGGCGGGCUGCUGUCGGAACUCGCGUCGCCGCGCUGCCAGGUACCCGAGCUGCCCGAUGUCUGCCACCAGCUCCGCCGCAAGCUGCUCGCCUUCCUCGAAGAGCGGCCUAACGGGAAGACGCUCCAAACCGUGCAGGUGCAGAUGCGCGUCUCGAUGGGCGUGAUCGACGAGGCCCUGCGACGUUAUGCACUGGACGAACUGGCGCUCUCCUAUAACGGCGGCAAAGAUUGCCUGGUCCUGCUUAUCCUCAUUCUUGCCUGUCUUCCUGUGCGAACGUCCUCUCCCAAGGCCAACGGACGGCCUAGCGACACCGCAGAACCGGACGCGGAUGCCACGGCCGCAGCUACCAGCACGGCAACCGAGGCGCAGACGGUCGCUCGCUUCCAGGCCAUAUACAUUGUUCCCCCAGACCCGUUUCCUGAAGUGGAUGCGUUUGUGGAGACGUCUACGAAGCAGUACCAUCUCGACCUCGCACGGUACGCGCUCCCCAUGCGCGCGGCGCUUGAUGCCUACCUCGGCGACCACAAGACGGUCCGAGCCAUCUUUAUGGGCACACGACGGACGGAUCCGCACAGCGAGUUCCUGACACAAUUCACGCCCACUGAUGCAGGCUGGCCGCAGUUUAUGCGUGUGAAUCCUGUGCUUGACUGGCACUAUGCAGAGAUCUGGGCAUUUAUUCGACAUCUCGAUAUACCUUUCUGCAACCUCUACAACAAGGGCUUCACCUCGCUGGGUGGCACCACGGACACGCGGCCGAACCCGGUGCUGGCAACGAAUGGAGCGACAGACACGUUCCGGCCAGCGUACGAACUGGUGGCUGACGACGAAGAGCGGCUGGGCCGCGGCCGAUAG